AUUUCCCAUCGUCAUCAAAUUCUGCGCUUGAAGAUUGGUAGAAGGGAAUGCGAUUCCUCAUUCACCACCUCCUGUACGCCCUCACUCUCCUCCCACAAAUCUCCGCCGAAAUCCCCUCCCACACCCUUCCCCUCCUCACCUCCCAAGACCCCUCAAAUCUCCUCGCUCCUCCCCCACAACCAAAGAAACAGUCCCACCACACCCUUGUCUCCACCGCUCUCUACGACCAGGACUCCAUCGACUCCUGGCCGGACUAUUUUGACCAUCUGGACGAAGAUGGGUUGGCGCCGUUGACCAAGGAGGUUCAGAAGUGGAUUUGGGAGCGGCAGAAUCCCAAGGAGGAGGAGUGUGAGGGGGGGAGGUUUCUGGUCACGGACGGGUGGGCGAGUGGGUUGGGGAGUGCCGUACAUGUCAUCGGCCACCACCUCGGCUCAGCUCUCGAAGACUCCCGCAUCCUCCUCUACAACCCCUCCAGCUCCGGCGCCGGCUCGCUCUACGCCGACCCGGGCUGCAACCGCUCUUCCCCGACCACGACCUUCGACUGCUUCUUCCGCCCGCUAUCCACCUGCAGCCACGCCCACGCCCUGUCCUCGCCUGACACCACCCACGUCAAAACCUCCCAUGCCGUGCCCAGACCGUACAAUGGAGCGCCGACAUAUUGGCGGGAGCGGUUGAGGGAAGAGCUUGGGGAAGGGUUGACGGACGCUUUUAUAAAGUAUUGGUGGAGGGCGCAGAGCGCCGCGUAUGUGAUGCGGUUGAAUGGGGAGACGGCGCGCGAGGUGAGGGCGUUGAGAAUGGAGGAGAAGAGACAGAAGGUGUGGACGAGGGAGGGGGAGGUUAGUGGGAUGCCGUUUCCGCUGCCGGGUGGGGUGGUGGGGAUGCAUGUGCGGCAUGGGGAUAAAGGGCACGAAAUGAAUCUCGUCCCGCUUGAAACGUUCAUGCAGGCCUUCCAUACCCUUACCUCCCAGAACCCGCUCCACUUCCGCUCCCACGCCUUCAUCUCCUCCGAAAACCCCUCGGUCAUCGCCUCCGCCUCCCACCUCCCCACCGCCUUCGCACCUUCCACCCCUGCUUUCCCGACAACCAACCUCGUCAUCUACACCACCGACAUACCGCGCAUCAACACCUCCCCGUUCGAGCAGCUCAACAGAUUUGGGAAGUCGCGAAUGACGCAUUUUUGGUUGUUGCAGAUGAUGAUGCAGUUGGAGUGUAGUGCGUGGAUCGGGACCAGAGGGAGUAAUUGGAAUAGGUUAGUGGAUGAGUUGAGAUGUGUGUGGGUGGAUAGGUGUGCAGGGGUGUAUGUGGAGGUCGGGAGUAAGGGGGAUUGGGGGGAGUAUAAUUGGUAGAGUGCGGGGUUAGGUUCGGGGAAAUGUGCGCUGAUACAAUAGAGUUCUGCUACGGUAGAGCAGAUACAGUAGACGUUUGCUAG